CCUGGAGUUUUGUAAUCCCUUUAUCUCUGCUGCUCAGCGUCUAAAGCGGACAGACAGAUGAAGCUAAUCUCUAUGGGAACAUCGCCUAACACCCUUACAUAGCAUUUAAUCUUCAUAAGAGCCCAGAGAUCAACUCCAUAGUGUCUCACACUACACCUGCAAACCAAUACUGUAGUUAUGCAUGCUGUGGAUACAUGUUCACAUUCGUCGUCUUUUGAAUCCCUUUUGGCCACUUUUUGAUGCCGUGAGGUGAUGUAAGCAAUUUGAAGGGAUUGACAUCGAAGCAAAUUAAACCAGGAUUAGAGUUCAUGACACCACCUUAAUCCUUCAUCAGUGGAGAGGACACUUCUGCUCAGUGUGCGGGGGGGACAGACAGGCAGCAUGACAAAAAAUGUGGAUGCCAAAACCAACUUCGUGUAAUGGAGUCCACGGCUCACAGCAGUUUGGAAACUUGAUGAGCUGCUCUGCCGGCAGCAGGCAUGCUGGGUAGGCAGUACCAGGUGGCGAGCACCAGGCUCCACCACAGCCGGCACAGCCUGAAGGACACCUCUGAGGUGGGCCCCGAGGACGAGGAGGCGUACCCCCUGCCGCGCCUCAGCCCCCUGCAGAAGCUCACCACAGACUUGUGCAAGGAUGAUAAGACCAUCAAGGACCUGGUGGUGGGCCGCAGGGUGGGCUUCUACAAGGUCCGCGGGGAGAUCGGCUUCGGGACGUUCUCCAGGGUCAAGUUGGCUUUCCACGCUCUGACUAAAGACAAAGUGGCCCUGAAGAUCCUGGACAGGACCCGGUUGGACAGCCACGCCCAGCGCCUGCUCUCCAGGGAGAUCAGCAGCAUGGAGUGCCUGCGCCACCCCAACGUGGUGUGUCUGUACGAGGUGGUGGAGACGCCCAGCCGCCUGUUCCUGGUGCUGGAGUACGCCGGAGGAGGAGACCUGCACAACAGGAUCUGCACCGAGACCAAACUGUCCGACGUCACCUGCAAGAUCACCUUCGCCCAGAUCCUCUCUGCCGUCAAAUAUAUGCACAACCACAACAUCAUCCACCGCGACUUGAAGGCGGAGAACGUCCUGCUCACCAGCACCGGCUGCGUGAAGGUGGCAGACUUUGGGUUCAGCACGCAGAUCUCCGAGCGCAGCGACGCACUGGACACCUUCUGCGGCUCCCCGCAGUAUGCCGCCCCGGAGCUUUUCAGGGAGGAGUGCUACCUGGGGCCCCCGGUGGACGUGUGGGCCAUGGGGGUCGUGCUCUUCUUCAUGGUGACCGGCACCAUGCCAUUCCGCGCCGACACCAUUGGAAAACUGCGGCGCUGCGUCAUCGAAUGCGCCUACACCGUGCCGCCCUGGGUGCCCGGCCCCUGCCAGAGGCUCAUCAAGGGCAUCCUGAAGGCGGCCCCCGACGAGCGCUACGCCCUGGACCAGAUGAUGGGCUGCAAUUGGCUCCUCCCCGUGGAGUUCCCCUGGUCUCUGGUGCACCCGGAGCCGUCUAGCGCUCAGCAGAGCCUGCUGCACUUGGAGCGGGGCAGCAUGGAGGAGGAGGUGGAGGAGGAGGUGAGGGCCACGCUGGAGGAGCUGGGCUUCAGCGCGGAACACCUGCCAGACAGCCAGACCAAACACAGCCGCAGCCCCGUCACGGGGGUGUACCGCAUCCUGCUGCACCGCGCCCAGAAGAGGAGGGGCUGCGACUGUCCCCCGGUGGUGCGAGGGAUGGUGAGCGACCCCAAGAGGGAGGGGCUCAGCGCCUACAGGGGCAUCAAACACACAUCCAAACUCUGUGUGCUCUCAUAAAAAGACUGGCAGAACUGUUUUGAUAUAUUUUCUACAAGCAUGGAAUUAGUGGCUUUUUUUAUAUUUCACAUUGUGUAUCGGACACUUAC